UUUUCUUCUUGCGACAAUGCCUGGCAGUAAGUCAAGAUCGAGAUCCCGCUCCCGCUCUAAGUCCCGAAGUAAGUCCCCGGGUUCCGCUUCCCAUAAAUCCCGGUCAAAGUCCCCGAAAACAAGCAAGUCCCCAAAGCCAGCUAGACGGAAACGAAGUAGGUCCAAAUCGAAAAAACGCUCCGCUUCAAAGCGCAAACGAAGCAAGUCUCCAGCCAAGAAAAAGGGCAAGAGAGCGGCUUCUAAAAAGCGCAGCAAGUCUAGGAAGCGCAGCAAGUCCAAGAAGCGCAGCAAGUCCAAGAAGCGCAGCAAGUCCAGGAAGCGCAGCAAGUCCAGGAAGCGCAGCAAGUCCAAGAAGCGCAGCAAGUCCAGGAAGCGCAGCAAGUCCAAGAAGCGCAGCAAGUCCAAGAAGCGCAGCAAGUCCAGGAAGCGCAGCAAGUCCAGGAAGCGCAGCAAGUCCAAGAAGCGCAGCAAGUCCAAGAAGCGCAGCAAGUCCAGGAAGCGCAGCAAAUCCAGGAAGCGCAGCAAAUCCAGGAAGCGCAGCAAGUCCAGGAAGCGCAGCAAGUCCAGGAAGCGCAGCAAAUCAAAGAAGCGCAGCAAGUCCAGGAAGCGCAGCAAGUCCAAGAAGCGCAGCAAGUCCAAGAAGAGGUCCGGUUCAAAAAAGCGUAGCAAAUCCAAGAAGCGCAGCAAGUCCAGGAAGCGCAGCAAGUCCAGGAAGCGCAGCAAGUCCAAGAAGCGCAGCAAGUCCAAAAAGAGGUCCGGUUCAAAAAAGCGUAGCAAAUCCAAGAAGCGCAGCAAGUCCAGGAAAAGGCGCAGCAAAUCUAAAAAGAGGUCUGCAUCUAAGAAGCGAAGCAAGUCCAGGAGGAGGCGCAGCAAGUCUAAAAAGAGGUCUGCUUCAAAGAAACGCAGCAAGUCUAGGAGGCGCAGGAAGGGAAGGAAAGGAAGUAAGAAGAGGAGCAAAUCCGCUAAGAAGCGCAGUAAAAGCAGAAUGAUGAGAAUGGUUGCAGCUGCCAUAGCUGCAAACAGGACGAAAAGUGCAUCAGCCCAGUCUAUCAGAAGGUAUAUUGGUGCUCACUGCCAUCUGAAAGGAGGUUUGCUGAACUUUAUGGUCAGGAAGGCACUUGCAGCUGGCAUGAGAUCCCAUUUCCUUUCUCACCCCACAGGUUCUACCGCAUACCAACUUUCAGGUAAGAAAGGACGACGUAGGAAGACAUCGAAGAAGGCAAAGGCUAGACGGCGUAAAAGGAGGUCUGCAUCAAAAAAGCGCAAGGCUGCCAAGAAGUCCAAGAAGGCAAAAAAGUCAAAGAAGACCAAAAAAGCUAAAAGGUCCCACAAAAGGCGUGCACCAAAGAGGAGAGUUGCCCGCAAAGUUGCUCGUAGGACGUCGAGGAGACGCAGAGCAAUGAGAGCCAAGUAAGCUACACAGCCGUAGCUUAACAACCCCGGCCCUUUUUAGGGC